CGACAAUAGUAGCUACAAAUAUUCCAACCAUCUGUUUAUGCAUGUGACCUUAGUCAUUUAUAGAUUUCUGGAUGAACACAACAGACUUGUGAUUGAUCACUUUUUCAAGUCAGCAGGACUGUGAAGAAAACAAAACGUGCUCAUACGCGUAAAUAAAGAAUGUUGCUCACAUUUUAUUAUGAUAUUAUGGGCAUGUAAAAACAUCAGCAAUCCAUUAACAUUUAUGAAAUGUAAUGAGGAUGUGUUUUUGGCCAGUUCCCAGACCCGUGUUUCCAACUUCUGCUUCUUAUGUGCUAAUUUUGGCGGUACAUUGUAUUCAUUUUUCUCGCAGUUUUUAAUUAUGCAUAUGUUAUUAAAACACUUGAAGUGUGACUAUGCAGACCUUGUUGUUAAAUAACGACAUCAUAAUUUUAGGAAGUGCAUGUAUUUGUCACGUAUGACCUUGAGCAAAAUGCCUGAAUUAGUUGAAUAACUUUCAACCCUGUUAUCAAAAGACAUAGUAUAUCACAAACUUGUAUUAUAUAGCUAAUAUAGCUUGAAAUGACGCAAUGCAACAUUGUUUAUCUGUUAGAGCGUUUAAAAUCCUACAGAACUUACUGAAAUGGAAAAUGCACUCAGAGAGUGACCCAACAAACAGUUAAUAAACUAAAAGCUGUUUCAUUUUGUUGGCAAAGAAAUCACGUAGGUCUCACACUCUCUCUCUCUCUUUCUCUCUCUCUCUCUCUCUCUCUCUCUCUCUCUCUCACCCAUCAUCCCUGCUGAUUGGUUUCCCGCAAAGAUAAUUACAGGCCAGAUCUGAUCCGGUGAAUGACAUGGACCGGAAUGAGCUCUCGCCUGGUUCGGAUGUUGCCGCGAUGAAGAAAGCGGCGCAUAAGAGCGCGCCCGCGUACCACUGCGCCGGGAACAGCACCGCCAAGAGUUGCCUGGAGUCCAACUCUGAUGCCGCCGGGUCGAACCCGAAACCCAAUCACGUCGCCAUAGAGGAGACGGACGACGGGGAGGAGGAAUCCAAGUUUCAGCAUCCGCGGCUGAGGAGAGCAGGAGGAGGGAACAGCGCCCAGAUUAAGAGCUGCGCACCGGGAGGAGGAGGAGGAGGAGGAGGGGGAGGAGGAGGAGCAGGCGGGUCCAGGAGGAGCUCCACUUCCACUGAUGCGCGCCCGACUGAUGCUGCUGCUGCUGCUCCUGCGGGUCGCCACGACACCGUUAAGGGCGGAGGAGGAAGAGGCAAAGCGUCUACCGUAGUGGCCACCGUGACGGUAGAGGCUUGUAAUGCUGCCGAAGGUGACGGCAAUCCCACAGCACCGCUUUCCAGCAUGAAAUGCAACAAGAACGGGGAGUGCAGGCGGGACUCCGGCACCGGGAGCCUCCGGUCCAUCAUGUCCAAGACGGACGGGUGUAAGCGGACAGCCUGCAAUUCAACGACCAGCGUGGACGGAACCAGCACGCAGGGGCAGGACGCCUCGAACCCCGGGGUCCCGGAGAAGAAGGAUUCCAAAGUGUCCUUUUCCAACACCCCCAGCAGGAAAGCCUCGUCCUCCAUCCACGGCGCGCAGCAGCCCCGGAACUCGGUGACGUUCCUCAAAUCCGAGGAUGGAGCUCAGGAGGACAGCGAGACCCGGGGCAGCCAGGCGAGCUUCAUGCAGCGGCAGUUCAGCAGCAUGCUGCAGCCCGGGGUCAAUAAAUUCUCCUUGCGCAUGUACGGGAGCCAGAAGGCGGUGGAGAAGGAGCAGGAGCGCGUAAAAUCGGCGGGCAACUGGAUCAUUCACCCCUACAGCGACUUCAGGUUCUACUGGGAUUUCACCAUGCUUCUCUUCAUGGUGGGCAACCUGAUCAUUAUUCCUGUCGGCAUCACCUUCUUCAAAGAAGAGACCACCACUCCGUGGAUCAUCUUCAACGUGGUCUCCGACACCUUCUUCCUCAUGGACCUGGUGCUGAACUUCCGCACGGGCAUCAUUAUCGAGGACAAUUCCGACAUCAUCCUGGACCCCAAGACCAUCAAGAAGAAGUACCUGAAGACCUGGUUUGUGGUGGACUUUGUCUCUUCCAUUCCGGUGGAUUAUAUCUUUCUGAUCGUGGAGAAGGGCAUAGACUCGGAGGUGUACAAGACGGCACGAGCACUGAGGAUUGUGCGUUUCACUAAAAUCCUGAGCUUGCUGAGGCUGCUGCGUCUCUCUCGGCUUAUCCGCUACAUUCACCAGUGGGAAGAGAUCUUCCACAUGACGUAUGACCUGGCGAGCGCGGUCAUGCGGAUUAUUAACCUGAUAGCGAUGAUGCUGUUGCUGUGCCACUGGGACGGCUGCCUGCAGUUUCUGGUGCCCAUGCUGCAAGACUUCCCAUCCGACUGCUGGGUCUCCCUCAACAAGAUGGUGAAUGACACGUGGAGUGAGCUGUACUCAUUUGCUGUGUUUAAAGCCAUGAGUCACAUGUUGUGUAUUGGUUACGGUCGUCAAGCUCCGGAAAGUCUCUCUGAUAUCUGGCUGACGAUGCUCAGCAUGAUUGUGGGUGCCACCUGCUAUGCCGUCUUCAUCGGACACGCAACGGCCCUGAUCCAAUCACUGGACUCCUCACGACGCCAGUACCAGGAAAAGUACAAACAAGUGGAGCAGUACAUGUCCUUCCACAAACUUCCGGCAGAUUUCCGACAGAAAAUCCACGAUUACUAUGAGCACCGUUACCAGGGCAAGAUGUUUGAUGAAGAAAGCAUCCUAGAGGAACUGAACGAGCCGCUCAGAGAGGAAAUCGUGAACUUCAACUGCCGCAAGCUGGUGGCCUCUAUGCCCCUGUUCGCCAACGCCGAACCCAACUUUGUGACAGCCAUGCUGACGAAGCUCCGUUUCGAGGUCUUCCAACCAGCCGAUUACAUCAUUCGUGAGGGAACCAUCGGCAAGAAGAUGUACUUCAUUCAGCACGGCGUCGUGAACGUGAUUACCAAGGGAACUGUUGGGUUGAAACUUUCUGACGGCUCCUACUUCGGAGAGAUCUGUCUGCUGACGCGGGGUCGUCGUACGGCGAGCGUACGAGCGGAGACCUACUGUCGCCUGUAUUCUCUCUCCGUGGACAAUUUUAAUGAGGUAUUGGAGGAGUAUCCCAUGAUGAGAAGGGCCUUUGAGACCGUGGCCAUCGACCGACUGGACCGCUUGGGAAAAAAGAAUUCUAUCCUAAUGAACAAAGUGCAGCACGACUUAAACUCCGGAACCUUAAACAACCGUGAGAACGAGAUGAUCCAAGAGAUCGUGAAGUACGACCGAGAGAUGGUGAAGCUGAUCGAUCUGCAGCGUCCACGUGCCAUGUCCAUGACGCCCUCCAUCCCUGGCGGGAUGUUUGCUCCGCCUGGCCAAUCGCAGGGCAGCUCUGCCAUCGCUACUCUACAGCAAGCAGUAGCGAUGAGCUUCUGUCCGCAGUUCGGUGGCCCUAUGGUGGGUCCGAGCACCAUGCAGUCGCCCAGGAUGGUCCGACGGUUCCAGGUGGUGCAAAGCCUUGCCAGCCCGGUUUCGGUUUCUCCUCAGCAGUCUCUGCCACCGCUUGGAGCGUUCGCCGCUGUGGCUAUGGCCAGUCCGCCAGUGCAAAGUCCGCUAGCAGCAGCGGGUGGACGAACUUUCCAGUACGGGAGUGGCCCGAUGGGUGCGCGCUCCGGAUCUCAACUGUCGCUCAUCCAACAGCAUGUUCCCAGUCCCACACGGCCAAAGGGAUCCCAACCGUUGCACCAAACGGGCAGCUUGACCCAGGACGACAGAGCCCUGUCUGCUUCGCAACCCUCCCUGCCACAAGAUGGCGCUCCGCCCGUCGCGCCCAGCCCGCCGCCAUCGACCCGCGUUUCCUCAACAUCGAUCGGUCCGCCUCAAGCUCCCCAUCCUGCCGUCCCGGGGCCUUCCGGUGUCCGUAGCGCAUUGCCUCAGAGAAUGGCACUGCCACACCAGGCGUCCGCAGCCGCGGCUGGGAAUUACCCGUCCACACCGCCCCCUACAGGCACUCCGCCUGGCGUAACGGGACCGGACUCGGCUAUACGCAAGAAAGAUUCCAUAGUCAGCCUUCCCGAGACGGACUUCACAGCCAGAUCCCGGCUCUCGUCCAACCUCUGACGAGAACUCUGAGACUGUUUGCAAUACUUUUUGUGAGUCAAAGUUCGUUAUUUUUGCUCGAGUACCGCGCUCGUAGGAUGGCUUUUCAUAGGAACCAAAGGGAGGGCGAUAAGACAGACUUGAGGUGCGGUCACAUUUACCAUUGCUCAUGAAAUUUAAAGGGCAUUAUGCAUUUAGCAGAUGCUUUUGUCCAAAGCGAAGAAACUAAAGCAAUUCGUCAAUGUUCGUAAUAUACAAUACCAGGUUUAUUUGACAAGCUAGAGAAGAGGAGAGAUGCAGAGAAGAGAAGUGCAUUGGUUUGAGGGUGUGGGGUGGUUAAGUGAUUGCAGAAGAUGUGUGUCUUCAGCUGCUUAUUGAAAGAUGGUAGUCUCAGCAGUUCAGGUGUAGGUUGGCAGCUCUUUCCACCAGAGUGGAACAGAGAGGGUGAAGGAUCUGGAAAGAGUCGAGGAACAAUGAGGCGUCACUCUGUUAAUGAUCUUAGCUGGUGGGUGGGAGCAUAUUGACUCAUUCCAAUAGGAAUCCCCAUGCAGAUUUGACUAAUUUUCAAGUCGGCCACUUGAAUUCACCAUACUGACCAACAAAAAAGAUGCUUGGUUUGGAAGUGAGUUCAGUGCUUUAUUUUGCCCAUGACAUUUCACUGAAAUAUCACUAAUGUGACCGCACCUUUUCCACUACUAGAUUUAACGUCUCCGCUAGAGUCACAAGGUCGGAUGCCUCGACUCCACCCGCUAGUGUAGCUAGUGCCGCCCCUGUACAGCUUCUGACGCCUCUUAAUAUAUUUGUCUUUAUCGUCCCGAGUGAAAGGGAGAAAUCCUGUCGUGUGUUACAUGGUGUUUUCCGUAGAGUUCCUACAAUGCAAUCGGGCGACUAGAAAAUCAGGGACUUGCAAGAGAUGACAAUGAUGCUUUGUGAACGCGUUUUGGAACGUCUCCAUUCUUUCUGUAUAAGCUGUACUUGUAGCAAUCUAAUUAACUGUCUUUCACUUUGUUGUAAAAUAUCAAUGAAAAAACGUGUAAUGGACCGCUGGUCGAUCUUAUAUCUUAAUGUAAAUAAGGAGGUUAAAAAGGGAAAAAAAAACAAAACAAGUUAUAAUAGAAAACACACAAAUUGUAUUUACUCGAAAACCAAAGUUGAGCUUGAACACAAGUUUUGGUUGUGUCUGUGUCAACUGAGAAAAACAAGUCAAAUGGAAACAUCCUCUAUUUAACUGCCUUGAUUCCGAGUUUAGAAGCCAUAUACAUGGUCUGUUUGUGCGUGCGCGUGUGUAUUUGUGCACAUAUGCUUAUUAUUGUGUUUUAUCGAACGGGAGUGGGAUGCUUGCAUUUUUACGUCGUUUCGUCAGGCGUGUCGAUAAAGGCAAUACUUCACUGCAUCGGGGUUGCACUGAGAGUUGAGACUUGAAUGCAAUGGGUCUUUUGCAGAACUUGUUUAAAUUAGCAGGCAAACCAAAAUAAUCAUGCUGUUUUCUGUGAUCCAUGUUGAUCUGUACAUGCAAUAUAAUUCUGCAAUAUCCUUGCCCUGCCUUUUAUAUGAAAGCUUCAUAUCGCGGCAUAAGCAAUUUAAUCAGCGUCAUUCAGAGAAUGUUUGAAACCUCAUCUUUUAAGGCACUGGAUAAGGUUGUGCAGCUUUCGCAAUAUGUUAUAAAGUUUGUCUUUGUUUUCUAAAGUCCAGCAGUACAUGUAAUUUGUCACUUUAUGUUUGUAAGGGUCUGCGCAGUUGUGCGUUUCAGUGAUGAAAACGGGUUUUAUGGUCUUUGUUUGUUUAUUUAUUUAUUUAUUAUUGCUGGGAAGCACUACAGUCACAAUAAAAUAAAAAAGUCACAAUUUUGAAAGUCAGAAAAGGUUGGUAAAACGUAAGAAAUCGUAAUACUAAUAUAAUAUAAAAUAAUAAAAAAAGAGUAUUAUCUAUAUAAUGUAAUAUUAUUGUAAAAAUAUAAUAUCUUCUAUAUCUAUUCAUUUAUAUUAUACAGUUUAACAGUGGCAUUUUAUAACAUCGCGUGUUCUCCCAUUGUCGCAAAAAUAGAUUCUGAUUUGCACAAAUGACUGAGUAUUUAAAACAUGCUGCAUAUUAAUGGCCUGUAAACAUAAUACAAAGUUCAUGUGUGGGCUCAGUUUGCAGGCCUGUGAGCGCUGGCUGAAUAGUUGAUUUGUUGAUUGAAUAGAUGUAAACUAUUGGGUUGAUUUAUGAACUCUUUACAAGAAUGUAGUUGUGUUCGUUUUAUUGUCAAUUGCUGCAGAUUUUUCUCACUUGAACUUUGAAAUUGUAAAUAUGACGCUGUAAAUUAUUUUAUGUGCAAACCCGGGCAGUAACCUAUAGGAGAAAAAAAAUGAUUUUAGAAAAACAAAAAUGAGAUUGGUGCAUAAUGGGUUUUGAAUGUAUGCCGAAUGGCAUUAAUGAUGUGACCUGAAUAUUAACAACUGCCAUGUAAAUAGAUCAGUGAUAAUUCAUGCAAAAUGGAAAUUGUGUGUAUUUGCUGAUUGUUUGUAGCGAUCACGUCCUAAUUACUCUAACCGGAAACGUCUCAAAUUCUUUUAUUUUUCUAAGUCUUGUUUCUCUGACGGUGGUCCAUAUGUGGAUUAUCGUAACACAAAGCACACUGUGUCCCAUUAUCGCCCUCUAUAGGACAGGUAUCACCACAUUCCCAGGAUGUACUAAAUGAUUUUUGAGAUCGAAACAGGCAGCUUAAACAAUUGAAACAAAACCAGCAAACAAACGUUUAUCAUCAACAAGAUUCCCCGAAACAACAAUGUAUUGAUUACUAUCUAUUAACUUUUGCAUGCCUGCAUUUACACUGCUAACCGAUUCUGAUUUUGUCUCACUGAUAUGCACAGAUCAGAUCAUGUUGCAUAUGUGGUUCUGGAUCGAUCAUUUAUCUGAUGUGUUUGGUCAUCUGGUCGAAAUCUAAACACUUGUAUCCAAUGGUCUAAAAUAAUCACUUGCUUAGUUAGUGAGUGCAUUGGAAUUUCUGCAACGCCUGUUGAGUAUUAAAGGGUUAGUUUACUCAGAAAUGAAAAUUCUAUCAUCAUUUACUCACCCCUCAUGUCAUUCCAAACCUGUAAGACUUUCAUUCAUCUUUGGAACACAAAUGAAGAGAGAUUUGUAUCCCUCUACUCAAAAAGUUUAUAAAAGAAAUCCAUAUGAAUCGAGCGGUUUAAUCUAAGUCUUCUGAAGAGACCUGAUCGCUUUAUACGACGAAUAGAUUUAAUCUAGGCCUUUAUUCACACAUCACAUAUUUUGAAGCAUCAGAGUGUUGGGUGAAUAGACCUUCAGUGAAGUAACAGAAAUUGUCAUUUGUGUUCCAGAGAUGAAUGAAAGCCUAAAGGGUUUGGAGCGAUAUGAGGGUGAACUAUUCCUUUAAGUGAACGUCAACAUUUUGGAUCUGAGCUUUAGGCUUUGCAGUGUAAAUGCAGCACAACACCGUGUCUACACUGGAAACGCAUAUAAAUUAAAUGACAAGAUAACAGAAAUAUCACAAACUGGCUUUGAUGUAAUUGUCAAACAAUUAAAGAUGUAAAUUGACUUUACUUUUAUGCAUUUGGCAGAUGUUUUUUUCCCCCCAAAGCAGCUUGCAUUGCAUUUAAGGUAUACAUCUGCUCAGUUCAUGCAUUCACUGGGAAUCGAACCCAUAACCUUGGUGUUGCAGCACCAUGCUGUUCUGUUUGAGCAACAGGAAAUUAAUUCUUUCCCCAACGGCAUUUAAAAAAAAAAAAAAGUCGCCAGCCACCGCCAGCAUUUUUGAUCAUUUUCACAAAACUUUGGCCCCCCAGAAUAUUUUGUUGUAUGAACAGUGUUGGGGAAAGUUACUUUUUAAAGUAAUCAUUACAAUAUUGCAGUAAUCAUUAUUUAAAGUAAUCAUUACAAUGUCCCUAAAAAAGUAACUAAUUGCGUUACUUAGUUACUUUGCAUGAAAAGUAAUGAGUUACAUUACUUUUGGUAAGUGUCAUUAAAAAAAGCAACAUUUUGAAAAGCUGAGUUUGUCCGGAUGGGAUUCAGAACAAUGAUUUCUUCCACCAACACCCCCAAAGCUUCACAGUCCUUUCCCUCGCCCUGGGACAACAUUUCAUUCGGUAACGUUUGGCAGUUUUGAUUUAUAUGCUGUUAAUGUUUGAUGAUUGCAUUAUUUUACAUGUGCAUAAGCAAUGCUUCUAUCAAUUGUUUCUGCUUCUUCUUCUCCUGUGUUUUGAUCUGGAGAUUCUGUACUCUUUCAGAAAAUGUGUAAUAGCGCCCCCUACCAUACUGGAUGGCUGAAAGAGAAAGAGUUAAAUUCAUUAAAAACAUUAUUUCAGACAGAAGAGAAAAAUAAAUGGUCUGUGCAGCAUGCUAGAAAUAGAAAAAGGGGCAUCUGUCAACUGAAGACAUUGCUGCCAUUGUAAACAGCUCUGUUGAUUAUAAUGACAGUUAUUUGGUUCUGAAACGUAGCUACGCGGCGCUCGCAUCUGGUGUAGACACGGUGUAAAAGCAUAAUUUCAAUCAGACCUAAAAAUCCCCAGUUAACUGAACCUCCACACACAUCUUCUGUAACAUAAGAGUCUGAUGAUAUUAAUCUGAGAAAGGAAGCUAGGAAGUGACAGUCCGUCGACCAAAAGGCUAAAUGAAACUUUAUCACAGGUUUGCAAUGUAAUCUCUCUUAUUUGGUUUCCCAGUUAGGCACAUUUAGUGCUGUUCAAUUUCCUGCGAAUAAACCUUUCAGUUCUGCUAGGGCUUUAUGUUCUUUUGCCCAAGGACACAGACUGUGUUUUUAUUUGCAUCAAAUGCAACAUCCACAACCGUUGGUCGAUUAGGAAGGGUAUGGCAGUGAAUGUACAUGAAUAACUGGACCGUUUUAUUUACAUAUGUACACACACUUGCAUAUGUACUGGUUUUAGCCCUAAUUAAGCUGCUGUCUGAUUGUUUGAAUGGAGAUCGCAGCCAAAUAUGAGUAUUUUAGCGUCGCUCUACAGCAGACUCAUAUAGUACCCGUUCACGCUCACCACAGGCCUCGUCUGCCACUGCUGUUAAGUCAUCUGUGUGGAAAAUGUGACAGUUUUAUUCUGCUUUUCCAGCGCGGAAAGGCUGGCAGAUGUGAGCGAGGCAAUCUUCCCUGCAAGCGCUUGAAGGACAGGCGGACAGAUUGACUGAACAUUCCUCCAUAUUUCCCGGCAUCAAAUGUAAAUCAGGGUACUUUAUGUUUCUGUUAUGAGAAGUGUUUUUUUUUUUUUUCUCUCUCUCUCUGUCUGUCUGUUUAUUUUCUGUUUUGACAAUGUGCCCCAAUGCACAAUGUACUGUAAAUACCUAGUGCCUAGUAUAUCUAGUUUCCAAAUAGUCUAUUUUUAGUCGUAUGUGGCUCUACGAAAGACAAAAUGCAAAGUUUAUGUGUCUUUUCUUUUUUAUGAAGGGAAUGUUCACCCAAAAAUUGUUUUAAAGCACCUUCAUGCAGCUCUUUUCUGUACAAAGUUCAUCAUGACCAAGUUUAUCAAACUCCAAAUAAAAAAAACAACAUAAAAACAUGCAAAAAAAAUAAAAAUAAAAAUUCUUACUCAGUAUUUUGUCUUGUUUUCCAGUACAAAUAUCUGCACAUUCUUAAAUCAAGUCUUGU